AUGUUCUUCCUCAAAAAUCUCGAUCACCGCAUCGAGCUGCAUCCGUCGUUCUUUGGUCCGUCCAUGGUGGAGUUUCUGAAUCGCAAGCUCCGAGAUGACGUGGAAGGGACCUGCUCCGGCAAAUGCGGCUAUGUCAUCAAGGUCGUCUCGAUCUUGGAUGUCGGGCAAGGCAAGAUCAUGCCCGGCACGGGUCUCGCCGAGUUCCGCAGCAGGUACCAGGCCAUUGUGCUCAAACCCUUCAACGGCGAAGUGAUCGACGCCAAAAUCACGAACGUCAACAAGAUGGGAUUCUUCGCCGAAGUCGGGCCGCUCAGCAUAUUUGUCUCAUCUCAUCUCCUACCUAUCGACUAUAAAUUUCAGCCUGACGCGAAUCCACCCGAAUUCACCUCCCCCACAGACAACCUCGUAAAAGGACGACGCGUGCGUGUGCGCAUCGUCGGUACGCGUGUGGACGCCAACGAAAUUUUCGCCAUCGGCACCAUGAAGGAAGACUACCUGGGCCCCUUUGACUAA